GUCGUCUUCUCCGUCAGUCCACGCGCUUCUCUUCUUCCUUUCAUCAAUAAUCCUUUGGCUCCCACCUCUUCCAGUCUUCUUCGAUCUCCCCUCACUCCUGAAUUCCCGAUCCUGAGCGCAGAAACCUCCAAUUCCCCCAAGCACGCAAGCACCAUGGCCGGCUACCCGCCGCCCCCUGGCUCCGGUUACCCCUACGCCGCCCCUGCCUCCGGCGGAGGCGGAGGGUACGGAUCAGCCCAGCCGACGCCGUACGGCCAGCAGAAGCCCCCCAAGGAAGGCAAGACCUCCUCCUCCUCCGGCUCCGGCCCCUACCACGGCGCCCCGCCCCCGCAGCAGCCUCCUCACGGCUACGGUGCCCCACCACCCCCCGCCGGCCAGCAGCCCUACGGCGCGCCUCCCGGCGGGCAGCCGUACGGGGGAGGAGGUGGGUACGGGAGCCCGUUUGCGGCGCUGGUGCCGUCGGCGUUCCCGCCGGGGACGGACCCGAGCGUGGUGGCGUGCUUCGGGGCGGCGGACCGCGACGGCAGCGGGGUGAUCGACGACAGGGAGCUGCAGGCGGCGCUGUCCGGGUACGGCCAGCAGAGCUUCAGCCUCCGCACCGUCCACCUACUCAUGUACCUCUUCACCAACACCAACGUCCGCAAGAUCGGGCCAAAGGAGUUUACUUCUGUAUUUUACAGUCUUCAGAAUUGGAGGGGUAUAUUUGAGAGGUUUGACCGUGACCGAAGUGGUAAAAUCGAUGCAUCAGAGCUGCGUGAUGCUCUUCUCAACCUGGGAUAUUCAGUUUCUCCAACUGUGCUAGACUUGCUUGUGUCUAAAUUUGACAAGACUGGAGGCAAGAACAAAGCGAUUGAAUAUGACAACUUCAUCGAAUGCUGCCUUACAGUGAAGGGUCUGACCGAGAAGUUCAAGGAGAAGGACACGGCAUACUCCGGUUCUGCGACUUUCGGAUAUGAGGCAUUCAUGCUGACCGUGCUUCCUUUCCUCAUCGCGUGAUCGCACUGUGGUUCCUCUGGGCUGAGCUUAAUCCGAGCAUAUCUAUCAUCCCAAUUAUUGUAUCGAAGCGGUUCUAAGUGCUUAAUUAUUGCUAUAGAGUUGUUUAUCAAACUAUCUGGCGAGCUAGUUCUGGUGACCUGAAGUGAUGUUAAAUAGUGAUAGCAUGUUACCGCUUUGCUGAUCAGUCUGUUUGGAGCAUCAAGAAUGCAGAGUACAUCUUAUAAUAAUAGAGCUGUCAGCUGCUUAAUCAUGGAUAUGGUUCUAUCUA